AUGAAUAACACCAAAGCCACAUCUGCUGAAACUGAUCAAAACCCUUCUUUCGAAGAAAAUAACUCUACUGUUCCAACGAACAGUAAUCAGAUACAAGGGGAUGAUUUGGCCUAUUACUCGCCUGACGACGAUUAUAGUGACUCUGAAGAGUCUAAAGCUAUAACAAUUAAACUCAGCAUCCUUUCCCUCAAGAAAAUGUACGAAGAAAUUCACGAAUUUCCUGACCCCAAAUACAUGUUCGACCUCAAGACGAAAGGGCUCACUACUCCUGAAAUGUUUGUUGCAUGGUGGAAUGAGAACCAUCAAGAUUUUCAAAUCACGGUUGAUUCUAUUAAGAAAUGGACUUAUCGCGAAGAUGAGGAUCAUUCCCGCCAUAAUAUCCACUGGAGUGAGUACGGAGAUUAA